UCUCCCCACGCUCGCCCCAUUUCAGGCUAAGGAGGGGGUGGUGGGCAGGGGACUACUGAAUGCGGGAGUGGAUCUGGAGAAGGUUUCGUGCCUCCGGGAGCAGUGUGUGCCCCCAAGGAUGGGAGUGUGGGGCUGGCUCUCUCCUCCCUCUGGCAAAUCAGCCCGAGAGGGUGGGGAAGGAGGGAGAGGGGCUUGCUUUGCACGCUGAAAGUGGAUGAGCAUCCCUCCCCCGCUCUCCUCCUCCCCUUCUCCUCCUCACUCUCUGCCUGUGGAGCUGGGACCUGGGUGCGUUAGAUGCUGGACUCUCUCUCCGCCUGCUUUGUCGGGGAUGUACUGAAGAGAGGAGCAGCUCCCCCGGGGACUCUCUGCUGUGCACCCCUCGCCUCCCUUUGGUGCCAGUUCUAACACGUUUGCGGAUUGAAGACCCCGGCCGGCGUGCUGUCUGUGUAAAGAAAAUCUUUAGCCAUGGAUGUAUUCAUGAAAGGGCUUUCCAAGGCUAAAGAGGGAGUUGUGGCAGCAGCAGAAAAAACCAAACAGGGUGUGGCAGAAGCAGCAGGAAAGACGAAAGAGGGCGUUCUCUAUGUAGGUUCCAGGACUAGGGAUGGAGUUGUUCAUGGUGUCACAACAGUGGCUGAGAAAACCAAAGAACAAGUGUCUAAUGUCGGGGGAGCUGUGGUGACGGGAGUGACGGCAGUAGCGCAGAAGACAGUGGAAGGAGCAGGCAAUAUUGCUGCAGCCACUGGCUUAGUCAAGAAGGAUCAGUUGGCCAAACAGAAUGAAGAAGGAAUCUCGCAGGAAGGAAUGAUGGAUAAUACAGUGGACCCAGAUAAUGAGGCGUAUGAAAUGCCUCCUGAGGAAGAGUAUCAAGAUUAUGAACCUGAAGCAUGAAAAUCUCUUCCCUCUUUCUAUCUUCUGAAAUCUACUAACAAAGACGUCCUGUCCUGUACAAGUGCUGAGUUCCAAUGUGCCCAGUUGUAAACUUUUCUUUUAUUUUUACAGUUUUUACAGUGUAUUUUGAAGUCUUCCAUCAGCAAUGAUUGGAGUGUCUGGGUCUGCACCCAGCUUUCAUUCCAGUGAUUCCCUCCCACUGAAAUGAACAACUGGGUGGCAGGGCCAUUGUCGUGCUGUGGAUAUUGUGGCUUCAAGUUUUAAAAGUAAAAAAAAAAAAAAAUGUAAAACCACCUAAGUGUCUAUUGCUUAUUUCUAAAGCUGUAUAUGUUUUAUUGCUAGAUUGUCAGUAACUUGGUAUUGUUUCUGAUUCAAGGAUUUUUUUUGUUUCUUAUUAUUACUCUGUCUCGGGGUUAACUUAUUGUGAGAAUUGUUUAUAUAUACAUAUAUAAAGUAAUUGAGCAUGAACUAUGCACCUAUAAAUAUUAACUUAACAUUUUUAUUGUUUUGUGAUGUGUUUUAUUAAUAUAUGUCUGUAAAUAAUGGUGUUAAACUGAAGCAAAUAAAAUGUAAUUCACUAAAAAA